AUGAAAAACUUAAUUGUAUGGUGUGGGCAACGUGCUAUCGAGAAACAGAAAACACAAGAGAGUUCAAGUGAAAAGCAUAUUCUUAAUAUUGCAAAAGUAGUACAGGAAGAUAUUCUUUCUAAAUUGAUGAACGGUGAUAUCAAUCUCUCGUGGUAUCAUAGAAAGGGUAAACACGCAAAAGAACCACCAAAACAACAACAUCCACGGAAUAUCCAAAAUGAAAAUCGACUAAAAGAUUACGAAGAGACAUUAGCAAAUUUAAGAGCCGAGGAUCAAUUAUGGACAAAGUUAGCACAAAAAGUGAAUUCGUUACAUGCCUCUGUGAUUGACACUUGUGCAGCAACACCAUCCGGAGAAUCAUUGCACGCAAUGGUACUUGACGACGUGGAUACACUGAUACCGUUGUUGUCCGAAGGAGAAAAAAAAUAUAUUGAUCAACUUGGUUCUGAAGACUAUGUAGAUUUAAUUAAAAAUAAUGACCAUAAUGGUAAUGAACGUCCGAGUAUGGAUGAAUUUUGUAGUGAAUUUAGAAUUCAGAUUGAUGAAUUCUAUCAAUUGCUUUAUAAAGCUCAUGUAUUUGAGGAUGCGACACAGGAUUAUUGUGAGGAUAUGCUGAUGAAGUUACGCAACACAUUGAAAAAAAAGGAAGGUGGUUUUGAUGAUAUAGGCAACGACAUUGGUUCUAAUAAUGCUAAUAUUAAUCUCAAUAAUGGAGGUGGAACAAACUUAGAAAUCAAGGAUGUAUUAAGGGCAUUAGCUAUAAACUGUUGA